UAUAUUUUACGCCGGGACCUGUAGUUUGACUAUCCCACGGCCGCAAAUAAUUGACACACAGGAUGACAGGAUGGGAACUACAAAUCCUAUAAUCCAGGAUACCCAACUUCCUGGACGACGGGCUGGGCUGCCGUAUCACGAGCUGGAGUUAGCGGUUCUCAGUGAGGGAGAGAUUGAAGAAAAACAAGCUCCUCAGAAUGACAGAACGGGUCAACAACUUCCCGCCCCUGCCGCGGUUCACGCCUGCGUUCAUUAAGCCUUGCUUCUACCAGAACGUGGAGGAGGAGAUCCCGCCCCAGCACCACCAGCUCAUCCGCAGAGUCUACAACCUCUGGAUCUUGUACUCUGUGACGCUGUGUGUGAACGUGGUCUCCUGCAUCGCGUGGUGGGCUGGAGGGGGAAGCGGGGUGAAUUUCGGGCUCUCUCUGCUCUGGCUCAUUCUCUUCAGCCCGUGCAGCUACGCCUGCUGGUUCAGACCGCUGUACAAAGCCUUCCGGGCGGACAGCUCCUUCAACUUCAUGUCCUUCUUCUUCGUGUUCUUCCUCCAGUGUGUGCUGGCCGUCAUCCAGGCGGUGGGCAUCAGUGGCUGGGGCGCUUGUGGCUGGAUCGUGACGGUGUCGUACUUCGGCCACAACGUGGGCUCCGGCAUCGUCAUGCUCAUCUCCACCCUGCUCUUCACUGUGGUGGCGGUGCUGAUGGGCCUGGUUCUGAUCCGAGUGCACCGGCUGUACCGGGGCGGGGGGGGCAGUCUGCAGCGCGCCCAGGACGAGUGGAGCAGCGGAGCCUGGAAGAGUGCCCCCGUCCGGGACGCCGGCUUCAACGCCAUCUCCGUCAGCGGGCCCAGCCUGCCGCAGUACCCCGCCGCCGUGCCCAGCUACCCCGAGAGCGGGCCCUGGUGAUGCCCUCGGCCGACACCAGAGGGCGCCGCGGAGCUCUCCCGCCAUCUCAGACCCGGUCCACUUCCCCCCGCCCCUCCCCGCUCUCUGGCAGGUGGACACAAGUGCACUACCGUUCGAAAGCUCCGCGCAGACGCGGGAAAUUUACCAGCGCUCACGCAAGUCGUGGACGCUAACCGCUGACGCCCCUCUUCUCAAAAACCCAUUUCAAAUGCCUGCGUUAGCCACGGUAGCUCUGCUACCUUUCAACUGUCGUUGGAAACAUUUCUGAAGUCAUUUUCUUUUCUUUUUUAAAAUCUGUAAAUGCACUAUUUGUAAUAUGAAAAUAUUAUUAUCAUUACAUAUUUUGUUCAGAGCGAACAUUUGGCCUUUCCAAAAUAGCUUUCUUUCUUUUCUUUUUUCUUUUUUUUUGCCUGUCAUGGAUAUUGGAGGAAUAUGAGUCAAAACGUCUUCAGAUCUCGUUUUCCUUUCAUCGAGUCCAUUAGCUGUUCAGUCGGUUGUUUCGGGGAGUCGUACCGAUGAUUACAGUAGCAGAUGCAGUACUCUGGAGUAAUCGCUGCGUUUAAUAUUCUCCUCAAUCAGUCGAGGUCAGUCCGUUCGGCAGGGUUAGACGGUGGAGAGUUGUUGUUGUUGGCCACACAUUAGACUGAUAGUACACACAGAGUUCUGAUUGUUCGAGUGGGUACUGCUUUAUUAGACACGAGGAGUCCGGCGCACUUUCUGCAUCUUAGCUAAGCUUUAGCGUCUUUCUAGGAGUCCGACACAUUUCAGUUCUCGCUUUAUGUUAGUCAGGUUUUUUCAGCGCACGUUUUAAGCUUUAACCAAGAAUUAAAUGAGACAAUCGUUCCACUGGUUUAAAUGUUGCACUUACCUUAACACACACACCUUUAUCGGAGUGAGAUUCGGAGUGGAAUACUCAGAGCAGCCGCACCAAGGGAGGAUUUUGGGAACAUUUGGGCUCCCUUCCAGUUUUGACCUCUGACCUUUGGGGAUGCACCAAUCCUCUGUUAGCAAUGUGUUCCAGCCACACCCCCUCCUCUGCAGGCCUUUUGAUGGAGGAAUAAGUGACUUGAGUUUGGCUGCACUCAUUGUAUAAUGAACCUCCAACAAAGGCAAUGGCCACGUGUCUUAUUCCCACUCACAGCAGCUGACUGAACGCACUUGAUUCAGUUGAGGGCAUAUUGAAUGAAAACACACAAUUCCGCCCGCAAUCAGCCAAUCACAACAUGUGCAUUACAUCGCUCGAACAUCCUAAUGAGAACACGUAGUGGUGUGCCAGGAGGCAGUCGGUAUCAAUAAGGCUGUUGUUGUCCUUAACUAGCGACGUUGAUCACAUGCGUUGUGUCCUACACACAGAAAAGCAAGCGCACGUGAUUCCCCCAUCCUCCCUGCACAGACGGUCACAUAGAAUAGGAUCGUUUGGUCCAAGCAGUGCCUACUUGUUGAGACGUUAACCUUAAAGGAUGUUGUGCCAUUGUGAGUUCUUGUUCCUCCAGUAUUCAAAGUUGAUGGCUGAAGUCAAAGACAGGCCAAAGAGAGUAACCUGUGAAUCGAUCGCUUGUUCGUGAAAUCGUUGUAGACUCUCGGUGUUGAGAAGUUGUUUGAGACGUUUGAAUUGUACAAUCUUAACAACUACAGCUGCGUAUCGUUCAAAACGACACCGUACGCGUUCCCAUUGCCUUUAUGUGCUACGCAACUGAAGAACAAUGAUUUAACACUAUUGGGGGUAGGGCUUUUAAAAAAAAAAAAAAGAAUUAGCCGUCGUAGGUCAACACUGGGAAGUACAGCCCACUCUGUUGGGUGGAGUACACUAUUCCGAGCUUUCUUUACGGAUGUGAUGUCAUAAUGAGGUUGACCUUUGACCGGAACAGUUGGGAGCUGGACCUGGAUCUAGAGAGUCUGUCCUUGUUGAUAAUUCUGCCUUCAUCGCCUGCGGAAGUGGGUACCUCCGAGUGCGUUGUCUUUUACCCAAAAAGUCUUUCCUCGCACAAACUGGGUCGUGAGAUUAGAGGUAGCCCUGUUCUAACUCUUGUGCUUUUGAGUGCUGUUUACACUACGAUUCUGAAACUGGACCAGCUCUUAUGGAAGGCCUGGCCUGUUCCAAAAUCUUUCUGUGCCUGUAAAUAUUGCAUUAACAAGCUUUUUGUAAACUUACGUUAUAAAGAGUAAUAAAGAAAAAAAAAUCCAAAAAGAUUUUGGACAGAUAGCCACCACUAACGGGCCAGGGUUUGACUGAUAGAUUAAAGUUUUUGGAGUGUUUUAACCCUCCUCCUGCCCCCCUCAGUAGCGAGAGAAUGUAGUUGCACAGUGUAUGCUGCAUACAUGCCUGUGUUCACUCACAAGUGUGUGCAUGCAAGCGAGCGUGCUUGAGAGUGAGACUGAGAGUGUGUGUGUCAGCAUCAGCAUGUGUUUUCUUGAUAGCAUUGUUAUUAUAUGAAAUGUUCUUUUGUUUUUAAACAUAGUCACCCGCCACUGGCUCACGUAUGUAGGCCCCGGUAAGACAUCCUUAAGCCUUUAAACAUCCUUACCACACUGACCACAGACCCACACUGCACACUGACCACAGACCCACACUGACCCACAGACCCACACUGUACACUGACCCACACUGCACACAGACCCACACUGACCACUGACCACAGACCCACACUGCACACUGACUACAGACCCACACUGACCACAGACCCACACUGACCACAGACCCACACUGCACACUGACCACAGACCCACACUGACCACUGACCACAGACCCACACUGACCA